GCUAAACCAUCCUAGUAGCACUUCGACAUUCGCUCCCGCCACGACCGCAAGCUCAAGGCGACCAUGAGCCCCAUCCCCUACCUUUACAUGCUCGAGGUCUCGAUGUCGCUCCUGCAUUGCGUUGACAAGUAUGGUCGCGAAGGCAAGAUCAAGCCCGGAGGGAAGGUCGAGGGCGCCGUCGGAUGCCUUGCAGGACAUAUUCACAACAGUCUCAUCAAGGUUUCCAUUUCUGUGACCUCCACGGCGAGGGCCAAAAGGUGCAAAUUACGGCGAUCAAGUGGUGAGUCCUUUUGU